AGAAGCUCUUCUGAGCUGAGGUCUCCCGUUAUCCCAGAGUGGCCCACCAUCCUACGAUGACUUGUUGCGCCCUUCCUUGCCUGCCACCUGAGCAAGGAUGAGACCCCUCCCUUGCCUCUGCCAUCUUCUGUGGUUGGUGUUCUGUUGCGGUGGCUCCUUUACAGUCUACAGCGCCCACGAGCAACGGCCGAGACGGCCUGCCCCGCGGAAGUCCCAAGGUACCAGAGAGUUUCCGUGGCUGGUGACAGUGGCUGGGACCUGCCAGGGAAUCAGCCUCGGCCGCUGGUGGAUCCUGACCGCCACCAGCUGCCUGCUGAAGACGAAGUCCCCGCGUCUGGAGGUUAUGGGAGGUCCUGGCCCAAGAAGCAGCUUGCAGGGAAGCCAAGUUUGCCUGCAUCCCAGUUUUAACCCCCAAUCCUGGGAAGGGCCAGCAGUAGCUGACCUAGGACUAAUCCUCCUGAAGGAGCCCGCAGAACUGCCUAGGGACGAGCUGUGGCUCUCCAGGACUCCAGGCAGCCUCCAAAGGAAUUGCCUUCAUUGCAAGGAAAGGCAGUGUCAGGUGUACCAGCGGCAGGAAACAACUUCAGAUAACCUGCGAAAUCGGGGUGAGGCGGUCACGACGAUCCCCGUGAGGCUGCUGCGUUCCUCGGCGUGCCACCGACAUGGGGUCCGUAUGGAGGAGGACAAAAGUCUCUGCAUCAAGAGCAGAGACUAUCAAAAGUCCGACUGCCAGAUGCAGCCGGGCAGCCCAGUCCUCUGCCUCUUUGGGAGCCGCUGGGAGCUGGUUGGCCUCAUCGGCGCCAGCCCAGAGAGCUGCUACAGCCCAACCCUCUCCAUCAGGACCGCUCCCUAUUCCUCCUGGCUGAGGCAGCACGUCAAGGCAGCCGCACCCCUCCCCUGCAGCCCUCACCCGCCAAUGGAGCCAGCCACCCCCGGAGACUCCCCUCUUAGCUCCUCCUCGGAACCGGCCUCCACGUUCCAGCCGACGCACCCUUGGCAAUUGGGAAAUGAAAACCCGGACGUCUCUCAAGUCACCCGCCGUUCCCGUCCAGGGCCACCGGCUCCUCCGACCCCCGGGCCUACGGAUGCCCCAGCUUCGUCUUUCCUCAAGCCCGGGGGCGGCCUUUCUUUCCUUCCAGCCAACCACCUGCCCUCUGGUGACAGUUCGCCCAUGGUAACGAACUGGGCUCCCCUCGUCGGCCAGACAGUAGGAGCCAGGUCUCCCUUCAGCGGCCCGACAGUCGUACGCUCAGUUCUCCCCACGGAUCAGGCGGCCGCGCUUUGGACUCCAUCUGGAGGGCAGCCAGUCAGCUCUUUGGUUACCUUUCCAGCGCAGUCAGGUGAACCGUGGACUUCGGCUAGACCCCCGGUUCCUGUCACUGCCCUGAGGCUGGCACCGUUGGCGUCGCGUGCCCCUGGAAUGGCCGUACUCUCCACACCCUCAGCAGCCCAGAUCAUCGCACCGCCCUUGGCCAGCUGGACUCCCGCUAGGGCUCCAACAGUGGAACCCCUUCUGGCCUCAACAGCCGUGACCCCCCGAUACCACUUCCCCAAAGUCUGGCCUCCUGCACCUACUUCCUACAGACUCCAAGCUAACGUCCACGGUCCAAGCAGCAGACCCAUUUCGCCCUGGACGAUCCACCCUGGGGGAGCACAACCUACCGGGGCCGGGUCAUCCACUGGGGCUUUCCCCCAGCCCUCUCCCAGCCCCUUCGGUACGGAGACGUCGUCCAGGAUUAUUUCCCGUCUCCUGCCUUCUGAAAGUCCCCUGUCCAAUAUGUGGACCGGGGGUUUGGCCAAGCCUACGGUCUACUCUGAUGACUACUUUCACGUGGCCUCCUCUUUCCCCACGGCUAAGCCCAAGACCUUGGGUGACCUACCCGCCUUUCCCCCAGUCUUUAGCACUCCUGAUCCCCGCUCCUUUCCUAGGCUUCCCCAGCAGGUGAUGAGGCCCACUCCUCUCUAUGGGCCAGAUGCCCUUUCUUACGGCAGUUCCUUUCUCAGGGAGCCGGACUCCUCCCUGAAGCCGUCCUUUUUGGUCACCCCCCAAACCAGACCCUUGUCUCCCGUGGACUUCCCGUGGAUCUCUGAAGUUGGGCCAGCAUUCUAUCAUCACUCUCCUUUCUCAGCACCUUUCAGUCAAAACGUCCAGGCCGGUUUGUCCCCCUUAUACCAGCUUCAACAGAAACAGAAGGCUGGGACCACCCUGGCCCAGUGCAGGCUAGCCCUGGCCUGGAAGAUCAAGACAAGGGCCUUCAGCCUCUAUCAAACCGCCGUGCCCAUCAAGAAGUCCUUUGAGUGCGGAAUGCGCCCAGGCUUUACCCAUCGCUGCUCAGGAUGCUUGGAGGCAGACAGGGGCGAGUUCCCCUGGAUGGCGUCCAUCCAGCUCACCCUUUAUCACUUCUGCGCGGGCUCAAUCCUGAACGAAUGGUGGAUUCUGACCACGGCCAAAUGUGCCAGUUUAAUAAAGAACUCGGAGGCCCUGGCCGUAGCUCAGGUGGGCGUCGUCAACCUUCAGGAUCACGUCCAAGCCCAGGUGGUGAGCAUUCACCACGCGAUCCAUCACCACAGCCCGCAGGGGCCCGUCGGUCUAGGCCUCAUCCUCUUGCAGCAGCCGUUGCGCCUCCAGCCCCUGGUCCUACCCAUCUGCCUGGAGGACAGCGAGAAGCAGGAGAAACAUUUGAAAAUCUCCGACUGCUACCUGCCCGGCUGGAGUCUCAUGAGGGGGGGGCCUGUAGCACUCCAGAAACGUCAGCUCAGCAUGCUCCGUCUCAGCGUCUGCUCGCGGUUCUGGCCCAAGCUCAAUGAAUUCACCUUCUGUAUCGCGGCAGAGAAGGCAGUAGGCAAGGCAAGAUGCCAGGGAGACCUGGGAGCACCCCUGCUCUGCAAAGAGAAGCAGAAAGAAGUGUGGGUACAGGUGGGGGUGCUCAGCAACUUUGACGAGCACUGCGUGAAGCCGUAUGUCUUCAUUCGGAUAGCCCCUUACUUGUCGUGGCUAGAAAGUGUCACUCAGGAUGACCCCCAUGCUCCCUGGGGGGCUCAGACUGACACCUCCCUCCUCGUCUCCCUGCCGCACCCACGGACCCUCGUGAACCGAAUCUCCGUGAAAUUUGCCAUGCCGUGGCAGGCCUUGAUCGUUACGUGCGGCAGCCAGAUCUGUGGCGGCUCACUCCUGAAUAACUCCUGGGUGCUGACCACUGCCGACUGUGUCAGAAAUAUGAAGCCAGAGAACACGGCUGUGUUUCUGGGCCUGGACCAGCACGGCUCCUCCUUGCGAGUCAUCCGAGUUGCCAACAUCUUCCUGCACGACGAUUAUUUCUCCAACAGCCCCAGCAACAACCUGGCCCUGGUCCUCCUUCGGGGCCCCAUCACGGGCGGCCAGUCCUUCGCACCCAUAAGGCGCCGGUGGACCAGGAACGAUGGGGAUGAGUGCUGGUUCUCGGGACCCCGGGUCCUCAAACCAGGAGAGGCCGAAGGGUUCCCCAAGAUGUUCCAGGUGCGGUUACUGAAUGACUCUUCCUGCUCGGAAUUCUACCAGGAACCCAAUUCUGUCCUCUGCGUUGUUCCUAAACGGUCAAACCUCCCUGCGGCAAAGGUGAGUUCAGGUGGUGCCUUGCUGUGCAGGCUGGGAGCAGCUAAUGGUAGUUGGGCCCAGACCGGCAUCGUGGGACCGUCCUACUUCUCCACCAACAUCAUUCCAUUCUUGCGCUGGAUGGAACUGACCGCCGCUCAGGCCGGCCGGCCCAUUACCUUCUCUAAAGCCGCUUCCUCCACGAUGUUUAGCUCCUGGGUCCCUCGGGCCCAGCUCAUUCUGCCCUUGCUGCUAGGGACAGUCACGGGGCUUGGUUACUUUUCCCAGUUACUUUUCCCACCCUGACGCCUACUGUCUCACCCAGCUAGAGCCUCUGAGGAGGCGACAAACUGGCAAGACCAGCGCACACUGGGGAGCUGGUAGUGUUGAACUGGUCGGGGGGAGGGCCCGUGUCACCCAGAGAGCCUGGGACAGCAGUGCGAAGGAUGGGGGAGAAAAAAACCUUUUCUACUUUCCUGGUUUGACCUCCCUCCCCACAGUCCCUCCCUGCCACCCUUCCUACAUCCCUCCCCGUCAAAACAAUAAACAGUCAGUGCCUUAGAGCCCUGCCUGUCUU